AGUGUGUGGCGCCACACCAGCAUCGAAGCUGAUAGUUUCUUUUUGUUUUAUCAUUCACGGAUCGCAUCGCUGCCAUGAACCUCGACGUGGUGGAUGCGACGGCGGAGGCGCUGCCGCUGGAGAUGCUAAACAACACAAACAAGGAACUCACCGCCCAGCUCACACGCUGCGAGCAGCAGCUGGAGGAGCGCCAAAGCGGCGUGGAGGACCAGCGGCGGCGGCUGCAGUUCAUGAAGGAACACUUAAGCAACGUCCGUGCGGAGAUCGUCAACACGCAGAGCCUGUCCGAGAACAAGCGGCGCGAGGUGGAGUCGGAGGACAACAUGUGCCGUGUGAUGGAGCGGGAGUGUGCGCGACUGCGGCAGCGCCAGGCGCAACUCGACCGCGAGGCCGAAGACGUCCGCGACCGCCUCACCUCCGUGCAGGACCGCAUCUUCCACGGCAACCUAAAGAUUGAGGAGCUGAAGAGCACCAUGGACUACAACCAAGAGGAGUUGGAGCAGUGGGACGAGGCACGGCGGCAGAAGGAGGAGGACGAGCUGGCCAUCGCCCACUACUCGAAGCAGGACGAGGCAAAAGUGAAGCAGCUGACGCAGCGCAUCGAAAAGCUCGAGGGGACGGUGCGGAAGCAGCGUCGGGAGUUGGACGACGAGGUGCUCGCCACCCAGCACGUGCAGACUGAACUAGACCGCGUGGCGAGCGAGUACCGCAAGCUGCACGACGAUCGCGGCAACAUGCUGGACGAGUGGGAGAUGGUGGUGCGCACCAUCACGGAGCGCGACGAGGCGAUUCGUGUAGCGGCAGAGCAGUACGCCGAGGGCGUAGCCUGGCUCCAGCAGCGUCAGCAGUACAAGAAGUCACUCGAGGCCGAGUUGGACGAGGCGAAGGAGGAGCUGGACGUCAUCAACUACACCAUCACGGAGCGGGAGAAAACCUCGCAUGAGUACCAAGAGGCGGUGCCGGUUCUCACCCAGCAACUUCAGACGCUACAGGACGAGGUGAGUGCGCUGCGCGAGGAGGUCGCACGGGCCACGCGCGACAAGAAGGCCAUGGCGCUGCGGCUGGAAGACACGAUCGCCGAAAUCGUGCGCCGCAAGAACGAACUCACACGAACGGAGGAGAGGAGGGGCGAAGCGGCGCAGCGGCUGAAAGACGAGGGUGCGGCGGCGAACGACAUGCAGCAGCAGGCGCAGUUCAUUGCUCAGCUUCUAAAGGACGCGCAGAAGACCCACCUCAGCGUCGAGAAGGACAUCAAUCAGCUCAAGAAUGUGAAGUUCAAGGCGAACCAGGAGCUGAGCGAGGUGCGGGCGGCGCAGACGUCCGCUCUCGGCGAGAUCAACGGCGCGCAGGCGCAGGGCAAGAACUACAACGCCAAGAUCAAUCAGCUCGACCAGGAAUCCUUCUCCCAACAGGGGGUGCUGUACAGCGUGGAGUUCAACGUGCAGCAGAUGGAGAAGAAGGUCAGCCGUGCCAAAGGUGAGCGCACCGAGGAGGAGCGCAAGGAGCUGCACGACAAGAUCAACCUGCUCCAGAGCACCCUCGAUGAGCUGGAAAAGCAGCACCGCACGCUACAGAGCCAAGUGAAGCGCGUCCGCGACGAAAUGCGCCAGGCCGCCCUGGCCAUCGAGCGACUUGAGGUGUCUCGGAAGCGCACCCUCGAGGAGGUUUUAGAGACAGAGCUCUUCUGCACCCACACGGAUCAGGAGAGUAAGGUGAUGGAGAAGCAGCGCGAGGAUCUCCUCAUUAAGGUGGACACGCAGGAGCUGCAGCUGCGCCGUCUGCGCGCCGCCCUGCGUGCCAGAGACGCGGAGCUGCUGACGCUGGAGGAGCGCAAGCGCCAGCUGGAGGCGGACGUUGCGGAGCGCGAGGCAGAGAUCGACGUGCACCAGCGGCUGCUGCGGAUGGAGUGCAAGAUGGCCGAGGAGGAGCGCAAGCGCCUCGUCACGGAGCUGCUGGACCGCAAGAAGAACUUAACGGCGGUGAAGAAUCGGCAGGAGGUGCUCGUCGGCCGCAUGGACCCGGCGCAGGCGCGGCUGUCGCAGGCGCAACUCGUCAUCGCCGCUGCGAAGGAGCGGGAGGAGCUGCAGUACCGCGGCGACUCGCUGGACGCGCGCAUUCGGCGCAUGGAGAAGGAGAUGCUGAAGCUGGAAAAGACGAUCGCCGUCAUCAAGGCGAGCAACUCGCAGUACAAGCACAAAUUCGACAAGGUGUGCGACAGGGACGAGGAGGUGCAGACACAGAAAGCGCUGAAGGCGAAGUUUAAGGAGCUGAAGAGCGUGAUGAGCCGCCGCGCGUUGGAGGCGAAUGACUUCAGCGCCACCGCCCUCAACAAAAAGGAUGAACUGCGGUCUCUUCAGUUCGAGCACGAGCGAGUCAGCCGAACGCAGCAGCAGCUGCUACAGGAACACGAGGCGGUCAUGGAGGACGUGCUGACGCUGCGCGAGACGGCGGUGCGCUACGAUCAGGCGAUUGAGAAGGCCAAGGCACACGUGAAUGAGGCGAUCGUGCGGGACAUCGACCUCGUCUGCACUCGGGAGAGGUUGGACAGCGCCGUGUCGCAGCUGCUCAAUGUCUCGCGGGGGGCCGGUGAGGAGGUGUACAACGUGGUGAAGGACUUGCUGACGGCUCACCACGUGCCGCUGCACACCUCCACCCCAGCAAGUUGA